CAAAAAGUGGCCUUUAAAGUGUUCUGCUUCAGUGAUGAUGCUAAUAUUUGUUUGUGUCAUCGGUAAUGAGCAAUGUGAGUUUUACCCUCUGUUUGGCUGUUGGACAUGAGGCUCUAUUAGGCACGGUAAGGGGGAAAAAUUACAGGGAGAAUCACUGUAGAAGAAUGAAGUCACUCAAAAUGUUUUUUCUUCUUUAUCUGCCCCUUCUCCUUGUGACCAUAGGAGCUCUUGCGAAUAAAUGGAGUGUGACAUACAGUCAGAACAAUCUCUGUGCUUUAAACAGAUCUACAGUGUUUAUGAACGGCUCGUACACACACCCAACACAUCUUACAGUGACAAAGACAUUUUGGUUAAUAAACCCAGUUAAGGAUACAAAGGAGAUUGAUCUGCGUAAUGAAUUAGGUUACUUAGGCAGAGUGAAGUAUUUUGAAGAUAAACAGAAACACUUCUCCCUCAGACUGAGUUACGUGAAGAAAACAGAUGAACAUCAAUACUGCUUCAGAAUCAUAACAAAUGUAGAUGCAGAAAGAUGGACGGGUCAACCUGGAGUUACUCUCACUGUUACAGAUCUUCAGGUGAUCGCUCCUGCAGAAGUGACAGAGGGACAAUCAGCCGUUCUGACCUGUAAAACCACCUGCAGUCUGACUGAUCCAACAUUCAUCUGGUACAAAAACAGCCGUGAUUUAACCACAAACACCAUCAAGAGCAAUGAAGUCCACCUGCAGUCGGUCAGCAGUGAGGAUGCAGGCAGUUAUAGCUGUGCUGUAAGAGGAUAUGAACAUCUCCCCUCUCCUGCUCACACACUCAGAGUCAGAUAUCCUCCAAAGAAUGUCUCAGUGUCCAUCAGUCCCUCUGGUGAGAUAGUUGAGGGCAGUUCAGUGACUCUGACCUGCAGCAGUGAUGCUAACCCACCUGUGGAGAUCUACACCUGGUUUAAGGAUAUGACAUCAGUAGGAAAAGGAAAGACCUACACCAUCUCCAACAUCAGCUCUGAGGACAGUGGAGAGUACAAGUGCAAGUGCAGUAAUAAAGUCGGACAUCAGGACUCCAGCAGUGUAACUCUGAAUGUUCUGUAUUCUCCAAAGAAUGUCUCAGUGUCCAUCAGUCCCUCUGGUGAGAUAGUGGAGGGCAGUUCAGUGAAUCUGACCUGCAGCAGUGAUGCUAACCCACCUGUGGAGAACUACACCUGGUUUAAGGAUAUGACAUCAGUCGGAAAAGGAAAGACCUACACCAUCUCCAACAUCAGCUCUGAGGACAGUGGAGAGUACAAGUGCAAGUGUAGUAAUGAAGUUGGACAUAAGGAGUCCAGCAGUGUAACUCUGAAUGUUCUCUAUCACCCAAAGAAUGUCUCAGUGUCCAUUGGUCCCUCGAGUGAGAUAGUGGAGGGCAGUUCAGUGACUCUGACCUGCAGCAGUGAUGCUAACCCACCUGUGAAGAACUACACCUGGUUUAAGGUCAUGACAUCAAUAGGAAAUGAAAAGACCUACACCAUCUCCAAGAUCAGCUCUGAGGACAGUGGAGAGUACAAGUGCAAGUGCAGUAAUGAAGUCGGACAUCAGGAGUCCAGCAGUGUAACUCUGAAUGUUCUGUAUUCUCCAAAGAAUAUAACGGCAUCCACAAACUCAUCUGGUGUGAUAGUGGAGGGCAGUUCAGUGACUCUGACAUGCAGCAGUGAUGCUAACCCACCUGUGGAGAUCUACACCUGGUUUAAGGUGAAUGAAUCCCCAUCUGUAGGAUCUGGACAGAGUUACAGAGCUCUACAGAGUGGACAGUACUACUGCGAGGCUCAGAAUAAACACGGCUCUGCAAGAUCAACUACAGUGACAGUCACUUUAAACCGGUUUCAGAGUGUUGGUGUGUAUGCAGGUGUUGGAGUCAUUGUGUGUGUUUGUGUUUGUCUCAGCAUUGCUUUCUUCUUCAUAAGGAAAAAUAAAAGAAGUAAAUUAACAGAUGAACAAACUUUUAAACAGGAUCAUCUUUAUGCCAACAUAGGCGUGACAAAUCCAAACAACACCGCAUCUCAUUCAGCCAUGGCCAAUCAGGAUGAAGUUCUGUAUGCCAGCAUUGUACACCACAGUGCCACUGACUCCAGUAAUGCCAAGAGUUCUGCUGGGAAAGCUUCUGUCUCUGAGAAUGAGGAGGUUCAGUACGCAAGUGUAAGAUUUACUCGCACCGGUGCUGACUACAGGCCUGCUAAUGCUGAGGAACCCAAUGUGAUCUACAGCAGUGUAAAAUAAACUGCAUUCAUGCACUGAUUCGACCUUGGCUGUGUGUACACUGUAAUUUCAGCAGCAAGCUAGGAGAGCUCAUACAGCCUGAACAGUUGUACUUAAUCAUCUGCUGGAGAGUGUGUUAUGUUAUGUGUUGCCACACCAGCUCUCAACCUAACAAGGGAUGCAAAUCUGGAGAAAACUGGUUAAGUGUUAAUGUUUUGAAGCUAAAGUUUGGAGCUAUACAAAUUACUUGUUAUGAACAUUUGUAAAUUGUAAAUAGAUUUUACAUAACUUACCAUUCAUUUGUCAAUUCAUCUUUUUCAAAUAUUUAUAAGAUUAAGUAAAUUAUAUAAAUGUUGUGUUUAUUAUGUACUCGCUGGAAAAGUCAUUUUUAUACCAUUUUGUCUCAUUAUACCGGUGUAUAUGUUUUUCCAGUCCCAUAAAGUGGCAGCAUGGUGGCUUAAUCGAGGUGUAUUGCCUUGCAUCUACAGGGUCUGGGUUUGAUUACCUCAUUGGUCUAUGUGCGUGGAGAUUGUACAUUCUCUCCAUGAUUGGUGGGUUUCCUCUCACAGUCUAAAGACAUGCGGAUUAGUAAUGAGCAUGUAAGAGUAUGUGUACAGUUGAUUGGCACCCUGUCCAUGCUGUACCCCAUCUCAUGUCUCACCCAAGUCUCCAGACCUCCUGUGCACCUUUAUACAGAAUAGAGUUGUAUAGACAAUCUUUGAAUCAUAUCUACAUUGUACAAUUUAUGUAGACAAGUACCCUAUGCUGUUCCAUAUUGUGUAGUGAUUGGUCCACCUGGUCACCUCGCAGUUUCUUUGGUUUAAUAAGCUGUCUUUGCGGAAUAAUAAACUUAAGGUAAAGAUUUACAGAUAAAAUUAAGAGCAUGAUCACACUAGUCAUGCUCAUUGUUUAAUUAUUGGUGCACAUUGUUCUGUUUUGUUUAACCUUAUUUAAGCAUUUUUUUUUGUUUUUUUUUGCAUUACUGCCAUUUAGUAGUCUCUUUAAGAAAAUGCAGAUAAUUUAUAAACAGUAGCUGAUGUAUGUUGUUAAGAUUGGAUGCUUUUGGGGUAAUCCUCAUCAAACCUUGUUUUAGAAGAGUUUGAAGGGCAAUAGCUUUUUCUAUUUACCUUUAGGUGAUGUAUAAUUAAUGUGUGAAGUUUACAGAAUAUUAAUUAUAAACAUAAUGUUAUACUGCACAUUCCAGGGUGGCCUUUUAUUGUGGGCAGUAUAAGGUACACCUGUGCACUACUUAUGAUGUCAGAUCAGCAUCUUGAUGUGGCACACCUGUGAGGUGGGAUGGAUUACCUCAGCAAAGCAGAAGUGCUCACUAUCACACAUUUAGACUGAUUUGUAAACAAUGUUUGAGAGAAAUGGUAAUAUUGUGUAUCUGGAAUGAAUUUUAGAUCUUUAAGUUCAUCUCAUAAAAAAUCGGAGCAGAAACAAAGGUGUUGC